CGCAGGUAAGACCAGACAGACUCCGCCCACUGCCGUGACGCACCCAGAGCAGAGCGGGGAAGCGUAGCGCAGAUAGCUAACGCACAACAGUGGAUCAUCAACAGACAUCUGAGACUUGAGCUCCUAGAGACACACACCUGUUGAGCUGCAGCAACGACUUACGACUUCUGCUCUCUGAAUUUCUUCGAGGGAAUCGAUUGAGAGUUCAGAAAUGACGGACACCCUUAUUCCCAAUGGUUGCAAGACCAACGGACCGGUGGAGAGUGGCUACUUCAAAAAGGGAUGUAAUCCAUUUGCUCAGACAGGCCGCAGUAAGCUGCAGAAUAAAAGAGCGCUUCUCAACCAGAAAAUCAUCAAGCAGAUGAGGAUGAGAGCUGGAGCGGAGAACCUUCUCAAGGCGACGUCCAAUAAUAAGGUUCGGGAGCAGGUGGUGCUGGAGUUGAGUUAUGUCAACUCAGAUCUGCAGCUUCUUAUGGAGGAGCUGGAAGGACUCAACAGCUCAGUGGAAGUUUAUCAGGACGUACAAGAGACAUCCAGCAUCCCACUCAUCCCUCUGGGACUGAAGGAGACAAAGGAUGUGGAUUUCUCAGUUGCUCUCAAGGACUUCAUCCUUGAACACUACAGUGAAGACGGCUCAAACUUUCAGGAUGAGAUUGAUGACCUGAUGGACCUGAGACAGGCCUGUCGGACCCCCAGUCGUAAUCCUUCUGGUAUAGAUUUGCUUGCCAACUACUUCAGUCAACUUGGCUUCUUAGAGACUCGAUUCUUCUCUCCUACACGCCAGAUUGGCAUUUUCUUUACAUGGUAUGACUCUUUUACCGGUGUGCCUGUGUGCCAGCAGAACAUCUCUCUGGAGAAAGCCAGCAUUCUCUUCAACAUGGCAGCUCUAUACUCCCAGAUUGGAACCCGCGCCAACAGACAAACGCAAGCUGGACUCGAGGACGCCAUCACUGCCUUCCAGAAAUCUGCAGGUGUGCUGCAUUACCUGAAGGAGACAUUUACACACACUCCCAGUUAUGAUAUGAGCCCUGCUAUGCUGAGCAUGUUGAUCCGGCUGAUGCUAGCACAGGCGCAGGAGUGUUUGUUUGAGCAGAUUACUCUUCCAGGAAUCCGAAAUGAGUUCUUCAGCCUGCUCAGAAUAGCCCAAGAGGCUGCCAAGGUGGGGGAGACCUACAGUGAAGUUCACCAGUCCAUGAUCCAGACCCCCAUUAAGAACAACGUGCCCUUUUUCUGGACCACCAUGUCUGAGCUGAAGACCAAUCACUACAACUCUCUUGCCCAUUACUUUGUCUCCACUGCUCUGCUGGACCACCAGUUGACACCCAGUGAUGAUGAGGAUAAGCAAGAGAAGGCUCUGUCACAAGUAUAUGAUGCCAUGCCAGAGGGACGUUCUCCUCUUGACAUCCUGAAGGAUAAGGCGGAGAGAAGGCGGAUAGGAAAAGCUCAUCUGCAGCGCUCCAUCAUGGGACACGAAGAGGCCAUCCGCACACAUUCUCGCUGUCGUCACCUGCAAAAACUGGACAUCCUGAGUGACAUCCUACAAGCUGGCCUCAAACGCUCUAUUACCAAGUUUGAACAAAAUGACAAGGAAGAUGAGUUCACAGACUACAUGCUUGCACCAGAUAUCCUCUCUAAAACAGAAAAGAAAGCUGAGAUGGAGAUUCCAGCUGCCACCAAGGUGAAAGUCAAAGACCUAUUCCAGCGGCUGGGGCCUUUGUCAGUGUUCUCAGCAAAGCAGAGAUGGUCAGCCCCACGAACCAUCAGACUGAGACUGCAGGACAGAGACCUCGGAUUCACUCUGAAGGGAGAUGCUCCCGUUCAGAUACAGUCACUGGAUCCCCUUUGUCCCGCAGCGGCUAAAGGGCUGAAAGAAGGAGAUUACCUUGUUGCUGUGGGUGACACAGAGUGUAAAUGGCUGGGAGUGAGUGAUGUUAUGAAGCUUUUAAAGGAUGUGGAUGAGGAGGGCGUCGACAUCAGAGUGGUCAGCAUGUUGGAUAGCAGCAGCCAACCAAUGCCCACCAAGAGUGCUACAUACGGCGGUCUGCCGAAGACCUACUCCAUGAUCUGCCUGGCACAUGAUGAGGAUGAUAAGAAGUCUCACAAGGUAGCAAAAAAACCAUCAUUCCUCAGCUGGGGUCUCAAGAACAAGCAGAAGAGCGGUAGUACGCUGAGUCUGCCCAGUGCAGAUUACAACGGACCCUGGAACAGACCCUGCCCUACCUAUCGCAACUCAUAUAAUGAAAGUGCCCUCUACUAAACACACAAAACUGGAUUUAUACCUACGCUGAUGGUGUAGCGACACAAUAUAUCACAAGAAAACAAAGAGGGAUUUUUAGAAAGAUUGAAAUUAAUUACAGAUGAAAAUGUACAUUUUGCACAGAUCUACAGUAUAAACACAGGUGUAAGCUAUACCUUUAUUCCUUCAUUAGUUUGGUUGUCUAGAAAUUCUCACCAAUAAAUUAAAGGAGAACAUUGUGUUUUAACGAAUCGGUAGAUAAAACACAGUGUAUGCUGCUUAUUAUUAUUAUUAUUAUUGUUAUUAUUAUUAUUAUUAUUAUUAUUAUUAUUAUUAUUAUUAUUAUUAUUUGUUUGUUUUAUUAUUCUUGUAUUGAAUGGUUAAAUGGUGUGAUGAAGGAUUUUUGUUUUCUUUUCUUUUUUGGAGAAUUCCACUAAUUGGUGGCACAGACAGGCAUCCUCCUCAAAGCCUGUAGCUGACAUACAGACCGAUACAACAGGGUUCUGUGAUGAUCUUCCAUCAUCGCAGUAGAAUUCUAACUCUGUCAAUCACUGUAGAAGAACAAAAUGUAGGAGAACAAAACUUGUGACUCAAGUAUUUAAAUACACUGAAGGGAAAUACCAUGAUAGGACUCUAUAGUUGUGCGUAGCCUAAAGGUAUUGCCAAAUUCAAGAAGGAUAAAAAUACAGCAGUGAAUACAAAUUCCAUUCUUAUUUAACCUUUGUUCCAUGUGUUUUACCUUGCACUUCUUCAGUGUUGGAAUAUUCCACCGUCUACAAAGUAGAUUUUUAUACACAUUUGAUAAUCAAAUAAUUUAUAUGCAAAAUAAAGAGGAAAAAAAAUAUCUAUAUAAACGUGUGUAUUCAUUUUAAGUAUUAGAAGUAUUUAGGUUUUGUAUUGUGAAACUGUAGCCUGGUGUAUAUAAUCAUGGGUUGUUUUUGGCUACAUAUCUUUCUUUCUGUUACUUGGUGUAUGUUCUUCACUUCAUAUAGUAUAGCUCAAAAAGUACAGAUGCCAAGUUUUUUUUUUUAAUAUAUAUAUUUUUGACAAUAUUUAACUUUUCAUUUACUUGUAGAAAACACUGCCUUUCAGAAGCCUUUAAAAUGCCUGAUCACAGUCUACACUGACACAAACUUAUUUAACUGUGGAUCUCCGCUCUUUGCUUGUAAAUACUUUAUUAUUGUUAAUGAAUGUAUCUUAUCCAUUUAUGUUUCUGCAAGUGCCACAUUCAGAAUUAUAAUGGCAAACACUGUUCCGAGAGAAUGUUGACAUUGCAAGGUUACAUAUUAAUGAUUCUUUGAAAAAGUUGGUGUUCACAGUCCUUUUCUUUGGGGUGGGAACAGAAUCGGCAUCAGUGCUCUAAAUUCUAACUCUGUUACAAAAGGUAAAGCAGAUUUCUAGAUUAUUUGCUUUUGUGUCGACACUUUAUGUGGAUUACCAUUGUGAUAUGGAAGUAUCUGGACUGUGAUGUCUGUCUGAAAUGUAUAUUGUUGCCUACUUUUGUUGUACAUGUAAAUCUUGAUCUAAAUAAAAGGGGUCAAAGCA